AUGGCUUAUUACAAUCAAAACCCUCCUCCGGUUAACGUUAACGUUAGUGCUCCUCCACCUCCGGGAGGGUAUCCUCCACCGGGUUAUCAAGGCUAUCCACCACCUCCACCACCUCCUCAGCCUCAAGUUGUUGUCUCUCAAACUGCACCUCAAAACUCUGCUGCAGCACAAACUGGUUUAAUGGCAUGCUUGGCAGGGUUGUGCUGUUGCUGCUGCUUGGAGGAGACUUGUUGUUUGUGCUGUUUAUGA